AUGUGACUAUAAAAAGAAGCAAGAAAACUCAAGUGAAACAGACUCUGUCUGCUAGGACAGUGUUGUCCUGUGGAAGAUUACAGCUGGAAGAAGAUGGCUUUGUCUUACCUGUGGAUCUUACUCCUUUGCCAGCAAACUUGGCCAGAAGUAGCUGGAAGAGACACAGAUGUGCACAUGAUGGAUGGGAUCCUUGGAGAAUCCAUUACUUUCCCCUUAAAUAUCCAGGAAUCGCAGCAAUUGAGAAGCAUUGUUUGGACUGCUAAAACAUCUGUUGCUUUCAUAGAACCAGGAGACUCAGGAAAAGCACCUGUGGUUAGAGUGACCCACAAUGAUUAUGACAACCGAAUAGAAGUCAUAGCUCAGAACUACAACCUGAUUAUUAGUGAUCUGAAGAUGGAAGAUGCAGGAGACUACAAAGCAGACAUAAGGACAGAAAAAGCCACCACCACCCAGCACUACCACCUGCAAGUCUACCGUCGACUUGGAAAACCAAAAAUUACUCAGAGUUUAAUGACAUCUAUGAAUAAUACCUGUAAUGUCACCCUGAUAUGCUCUGUAGAGCAAGGACAAGAGAAUGUGACAUACAGUUGGAGCCCCCUGGGAGAAAAAGGCAAUGUCCUUCAAGUCUUUCAGACUCCUGCCGACAAAGAACUGACUUAUACUUGUACAGCCUGGAACCCAGUCAGCAACAAUUCUGACUCCAUCUCUGUCCAGCAGCUCUGUGCAGGAAUCACCCAGGGCUCGCAAAUUCGCCAUACUGGGUUGCUGAGUGUGCUGGCCGUGCUAAUUCUGGCUGUCCUCAUUCUGAGUUCAGUGUUUCUGCUCCGUUUAUGCAAGAGAAGGCAAGGUUCCCACUUGAAGGCCUUCACUAAGAGUUCUGAUGAUGCCUCAAAGAAAACAAUAUAUGCAUGCAUCACACCUUCAGGAGAUACCCAGCCAGCAGAGGUCAGGAUCUAUGAUGAAAUCCGCCAGUCCAAGAUGUUCCCCUGCAAGGAAGGGCCAGUGAACACAAUUUACUCUGCAGUGCAGCACCCCGAGAAGGUGGGGGAAAUCCUCACACAGAAGAGCAAAUCUCCCAGGACUUCAGGCUGUGAAGUUGUUGUCUAAGCUGGCAAGCAGUUGUCUCCGUCUAGGAAGUUAGAUACAGCCAUUAGUAGUGGCAGAUGGUCCUGCAUAUAGGCCUUCCACAUACAACUCUUACUGGGAGAUUGUGAAUCACUACAUUCUAACAUGUAAGCAAAGUAGGCCGCUCUCUGCUGCUGGGCACCACUUGGUCCCAGAGACACAGAAUAUACUUGACCUUUCUGACUGGCUCCCUUCUGGAUGAAUGAAAAGGCAGGUUUCCACAGUAGGGUGCCUCUCAAAGUGUCCUCACAUCAAAGCACCUGUAGAAAGUAGUAUUUUUUUAAUAGUAUACUUGGGCAAGCAAGUAAGGUUAUUCCUCUUCUGGAGGCUGCACAUAAUAGCUGGAGGACUCUGAUGUUUGAAGAUGACAAUCCAAUGUCCAGCAGCUAUGAGAAGAGAAGAUCAAUAUUCUGUACACGUUUACCAUGCCAUGAUGUGGCAGCUAGGAUGCUCUGCUUACAUUCUAUAUAUAUAUAUAUAUAUAUGGAAUCCGGGUGCAUGGCCUCUACCACUUCCUACAGCACCUUGAGCAAAUUAGGAAAAGAGACCCUGCCCUUGGGUGGAUACAUCCUUUUCCUUGAAUGCAAGAUUUGGUGAGCAGCAAGUUCUUGUGAUGGAGAACCUUUGUUCAGGACCUCACUGUUUCCAUUUG